AUGUAUUUGCUGUCGCUUCUCGUUAUUUUCUGUCUUUCAAUUUGUAGUUACUCUCAAGAUACAGGUGAGGCAACCCCACUACCAGAGGAUGACCCGAAAAACUUUCCAUGUCAAAAUGCAACAAAGAUUGUUGAAUUACCUGGAAGACACUGGGUCAAGAAACGAACAUACUCAGUGACGACGAAAAUGGGAGCACCGACAUGUGAAUAUGCACAAAUCCAGAGCAAGGUGAAGGAAAAUGAAUACACCUUAGAACUGGGCGCUAAAUUUGGAUCUAAGAGGGUUUCAAAUCAGCAAACAUUGUUUUUGGAAACCACUGGCAAACACCCAGCCCCGAACGUGCUCAAUUUUACCAGACAAAGUGCUGAUGGAAGACUGGGACAUCCGCUACUCUACUCUGAUUACGAGAAAUGCUCUAUUGUAAGAAUUACGAAAAAGGACUCGAGCGAGUAUCGUUGCGACAUGCUGCUAUUGGACGAGGCUGCCAAAAAUGACCCACCUACUGAGUGCGAGAAAAGGUUUACAACGUAUUGCACAGGUACUCCAGUUGAAGUCUACAGUAGUGAUUGUGAAGCAACAGGAGCAGAAGCUGUGUGA